AGUUGAUAAAGCUGAAAAGAGACCUAUGAAAUGUAGCUUCAAAAUCAAAACUGAGCUUAAAGUGGCCCAACCAACCCAUCCCUUUAAAACCAUAAUCCCAACCUCCGCUAUCCUCCAAUCCCAAAACAACAGAAACAAAAUUAUAUAAAUAUAUAAAUUAAUUCAACAACAAAACCCAAAAAAAAAACAGUAACAACUCUCUCAGAAAAGGUUAUAUUAUAUAUUAUAUAUAUAACAAAUGCUAAGCAAUCCUUUGCUUCUCCAUCAACAGGAAAGAAAAUGCCAUCUUUCUCUGACUCCUCAAUUCCUCCAUCAUCACCUCCCUCUAUUGUCGACAACUCCGAAGCCGAGCGCCGCCUCCGUGACGCGGAGGAGCGUUUGCGUGAGGCAAUAGAGGAGCUCCAACGGAGGCAACGCAGGGCGGCGCGUGGCGGACACUAUCCACCAUGUGAUCAUCCGGCUGAUGAAUCGUGCGUUGCACACGCAAUUGGGAAUCUUUGCCAGAGCUUUCUUCUUUCUUAUGGUGUUAGAGUUGGUGUUGGUAUUCUACUUCGAGCUUUUAAGCUUGCUAAAGGACAAUCUUACUCUUCACUUCUCGAUCUCAAGCAACUUGUGUCGGAGAAAGAUUUAAUAGUGAGAGAAGAAGCAUGUCGUGUUGGUUUAUUAUUUGGGGGAUUUACAGGGUCUUAUCAUGCUAUCAGAUGUUUACUGAGAAAACUUAGAAGGAAAGAAACGCCUUUUAAUGCAUUUUUAGCAGGUUCGGUUGCAGGGUUAUCUGUUUUAGCAUUAGAUGAUUCUAACCGGAGGCGAACUCUUGCUCUUUAUCUCCUGGCUAGGGUAGCUCAGUGUGCGUAUAAUUCUGCCAAAUCUAAGAAUAAGUUUCACCUUUGGGGAAGUCAUUGGAGACAUGGUGAUGCUUUGCUUUUUGCUUUUGCAUGUGCCCAGGUUAUGUAUUCCUUUGUUAUGCGUCCUGAGAGCUUGCCAAAAGCAUAUCAUGACUUUAUUCAGAAGACCGGGCCAGUUGCUCAACCUGUAUACAAGGCUGUCAGAGAUAGCUGCAGAGGUGCCCCAGUUGAUGUUGCCUCACUAUCAGCUUAUUUAUGUAGCAGAAGGAAGCUCAAUUCGGUGAAGCUUGAAAAGUUCCCCUCUAUUAUUCCUUGUUCAGUUAUUCAUCCAGACACAGAUUCGUGUUUAACUCAUAAUGCUAAUGCCGCAUCAGCUACAUUCAGGAAAACUUUUCCACUUUACUUCUCUUUGACUUUUGUACCAUACGUCGUUUUACACCUUCAGAGGUUCAUGGAGUCACCUGCUCAUACAUGUUGGCUUGCUGUUAGAGAUGCUGUUCGCUCAACCACAUUCUUAUCUGCAUUUGUUGGAAUUUUUCAGGGGGUUAUAUGUCUGCAUCGGAAAGUUGCAACUGUGGACCACAAGCUUGUAUAUUGGAUUGCAGGAGGAAUAUCUGCACUUUCUGUAUUACUGGAGAAAAAAUCUAGACGUGCUGAACUUGCCUUAUAUGUUCUACCACGAGCUGGAGAUUCAUUGUGGUAUAUUUCAGUAAACCGUCACCUUCUUCCAAAUAUCAAGAAUGCAGAGGUGGCCUUAUUUUGCAUGUGCAUAGGAGGAAUAAUGUACUACUUGGAACAUGAGCCAGACACUAUGGCUCCAUUCCUCAGGGGUCUGAUCCGCCGUUUCCUUGCCAGCAGAAUAAGCAACCCAAACCCUCCAUCUAAUCGAACAGCUUCAUACACAUACUUGCAGGCUCUUGAUGCCAUGAAGCCUCCAAAGUUACAGGAGAGCAGAGAGGCUGAAGCUUCAUCGUCUCAGAAAUACAAUCUCGAAUCCAUUCCGGGGCUGUAAGUAUAUUUUGGUGGAUCAUAUGUUACUGCCACCAGAAACUGCACCCUGAGUCAUUCUUUUACAUCAAUUUAAAAUAUCACUUUUUAGAAGGCAGAUGAGUUCUGCUUAAUACAUUACAGUCGAGUAGUAGGAGAUCAAUAAUAUCUCAUGCGUUAGAUUUUGGCCGUGCAAAUGUGUUGAGAUUAGGUUUCAUUUCAUCAACUAUGAUUCUGUUCCCCGCCAGAAUAGGUUUUCUAAGGAGGACAACUGACCGCUCUGGGAGUAAUAAUGAUAGUUGAUGCUAUUUGAAAUUCUGGUAGGGGAUUUCUCUUGUAAAUGAUGUUGCCUUUUGAAUAUUUUUUUCUUAUGCUUUUCAGUUUACUUUUGUAAUUUACUACUGAAAAAUGAUUUGGUCAUUCCAUUUGAUUGACCAUAGAACUUAUUAAGUUAAAGUUUUUGACUAUAAAUCCAGAAAUUACACAGGCAUGUUCGACA